AUGGACAGCAGAACAGGGGGUGACGACAAGCAAGCAGGAGUUUGGAAUCUUCAGUUGCUACAGUGCAAGCAAAGAAGAAACAUGGACAGUCCUGAAGCACUCAGUAUGACAAAUUUAACCUGGAUAGAAAGGACAUUUAAUAAACGGGACUGUGUUUCUAUGAUUCCAAGCUCAAGAGAACCUCACAGAUGUAUUCCCGGAUGUCAGAUUUGCCACCAGCUUGUACGGUGCUGCUGUGGCCGGCUUAUAAAAGAACACAGUUUCUAUAGGAGCAGUGGUGGUGUAAACCUUUCCGGGGACGUGCCAAACACAGAGGUUUGGACUGUGGAAAAUCACACAGUGAAAAGUUCUACAGAUGCUUAUGGAACCAUUGACUUUCAAGGAGGAUCACAGACCUGGAAAGCCAAGUAUGUCAGAUUAUCAAAUGACAGUAAGGUUGAAGAUAUACUCCAUCUUAUGGUUAAGGAGUGGAGGAUGCAGCUACCAAAACUGGUUAUCUCUGUACAUGGUGGGAAACAAAAAUUUGACCUCCAUCCUCGUAUUACAGAGGCCCUAGCUAGAGGAUUAGUGAAAGCUGCCACAACCACAGGAUCUUGGAUCUUUACAGGAGGAGUGAAUAAUGGUGUGGCUGAACACAUUGGAGAUGCCCUAAAGGAGAAUUCCUCACGCCUAAAUCAGAAGGUCUGCACUGUUGGAAUAGCCCCAUGGGGUGUAGUUGAUUGCAGACAGGAUCUUGUUGGAAGAAAUAUUGUAGCACCAUAUCAAGCUCUGCUGAACCCACUCAGCAAACUCCAUGUCCUGAAUAGCCUCCAUUCUCAUUUCAUCCUUGUGGACGAUGGCAUAGUUGGACGUCACGGAGCAGAAAUUCUUAUACGGAAAGAGUUAGAGAGUAGAAUCCGUCUACAGCAAAUUCAUGCAAGAACUGGCAAGCGAAUACCUAUUGUGGCUCUAAUACUAGAAGGUGGACCCAAUACUAUCCUUACAGUACUCGAGUAUCUUCAGCAAAGUCCUCCAGUACCAGUGGUGGUGUGUGAAGGAAGUGGCAGAGCUGCAGAUCUCUUGGCACAUGUGUAUAAACAGACAGAGAGCCAGGGAAAUCUCCUGGAAGGCUCCGAGUCUGAUGUCAUUGCCACCAUAAAGAAAACCUUCACCCUCAGUCACUCUGAAACCGUGCACAUGUUCCAGACAAUAAUGGCUUGUAUGAAAACCAAACACUUAAUAACUGUAUACAAUGCUGGGCCUGAAGAACCACAGGAUAUUGAUGUUGCAAUCCUAACAUCUCUGUUAAAAAGCACAAAUAUGUCUCCUUAUGAUCAGCUUGUUCUGGCCUUGGCUUGGGACAGAGUAGAUAUUGCCAAGAAUUAUAUUUUUGUACAUGGACAGCAGUGGUUGACAAAACCUUUGGAACAAAUAAUGGUGGAUGCCCUUGUAAUGGACAGGGUUGCAUUUGUCAAACUUCUCAUAGAGAACGGUGUCAGUAUGCACAGAUUCCUGACCAUACCCAGGCUGGAGGAAUUGUACAAUGCAGCUCAGUACACAAGUAAAGACACCCUUCUGCAGCUAAUCCAAGAUGUCAAGAAGGGGAACCUCCCAGCAGAAUACAAGAUCUCCCUCCUGGAUGUUGGACUUGUUAUAGAAUAUCUUAUGGGUGGAACAUACAGGUGCAGCUACACAAAGAGACACUUCAGAACAAUGUACAAACAACUCAGUCAGGGCACAGGCCAGUCAGAUCAAGGCAGCUGUUCAAAAAAUGACAACUCUCUGGACAGGCUAGAAAGGAAAGAAGAAACAAGACACAAUCACUUCCGUCAGACUGCCAAACCGUACAAGCCUAAGAAUAAAUCAAGUGAAAAAGACAAUUCCCAAAAAUCUGGCAGAGUUCAGCAUGAGGAUACCAGUGUUAAACCUUUUCACUAUCCAUAUAAUGAACUCCUUGUUUGGGCAGUGUUGAUGAAGAGACAAAAGAUGGCACUCUUCCUCUGGCAGCAUGGAGAAGAAUCCAUGGCUAAGGCACUGGUUGCCAGGUGUCUGUUCCGAGCAAUGGCAAGGGAAGCUAGGAAAUGGGACAUCAUUGAUGAUACACCAGAUAAGCUCAAAGCAUAUUCCAAAGAAUUUGGAGAUCUGGCUGUUGAACUCCUUGAUAAGACCUAUCAGCUGAAUGAAAGAAUGACAAUGAAGUUACUAACAUAUGAGCUAAGUAACUGGAGCAAAUCUACGUGCCUUAAGCUUGCUGUUUCAGGACAAGUCCGGACAUUUGUUUCCCACGCAUGUACUCAGAAACUACUGACAGAUAUGUGGAUGGGGAGGCUGAACCUGAGGAAAAAUUCAUGGUUAAAGGUGAUUUUAGGUAUUUUUCUGCCACCAGUUAUACCAUUUUUUGAUUAUAAAACCAAGGCACAAAUGUCUCACAUCCCAUUGUCUGAAGAUGCCCAUCAGAUGAUACAGAAUGAACAGGAUGAGGUGAAAUACACUGAAGAAGGAGUGACUCUGGGUGCUUACAAGGAACGCACAUUUCAUAAUGCAUCUAGAGGAAAUCAUCCUGAAAUUAGGAUUGAAGGAAAGUAUCAUCGUCUUCCUCUGGCACAGAAGUAUUUUGCAUUUUACCAUGCACCAAUUGUGAAAUUUUGGUUUAACACGGUAGCCUACCUAGCAUUCCUGAUGCUCUACACCUAUGUCGUUCUGGUUCAGAUGGAACGUUUACCUUCUGUGCAAGAGUGGAUUGUGAUCAUAAGCAUAGUCACCACAGGUCUAGAGACAAUGCGUGAGAUCUUCAUUUCAGAGGCUGGCAAAAUCAGCCAGAAGCUUAAAGCACAUUUCAGCAGUUACUUGAAUAUUAAUGAAUUUCUUGGCAUAUUGACAUUCCUCGUUGGGUUUGGUCUAAGAUUCAGCUGUAGACAUUUGUCUGAGGACAACCCCAGUGAGGAUUUAAUUUUUGUUUCUGGAAGAAUAAUCUAUUGCCUCAACACAAUCUUUUGGUUUGUGAGGUUGUUGGAUUUAUUGAGUGUGAAUCAAGAUGCUGGACUCUACGUUUUUAUGAUUGGGAGAAUGAUGUCAAGAAUGUUUUUCAUUAUUGUUAUAAUGGGGAUUGUUGUGGUGUCCUUUGGUGUCCCAAAGCACGGAAUUCUUUUUCCUAAUGAAAAACCUUCCUGGAAUCUCGCUCAAGCUGUUGUAUUUCGGCCAUACUGGAUGAUGUAUGGUGAAAUGUUUGCUUAUGAAAUUGAUGUGUGCGCCAAUGAUACAGUUGCACCACAUCUCUGCGGCACUGGAAGCUGGCUGAAUGGUUUUUUACAAGCUGUUUAUGUUUUUGUUCAGUACAUCAUCAUGGUGAAUCUUCUCAUUGCUUUGUUCAACAAUGUGUACAUGGAAUGUAAAGCAAUGUCUAAUCACCUGUGGAAGUUUCAGCGCUAUCAUAUGAUUAUGCUUUAUCAAGGCAAGCCAGUGCUCCCUCCUCCGCUUAUCCUGUUCUCCCACAUAGCUAUUGCCAUCACUUGGAUGUGUAGAGGAAGAUAUAAAAAUAGAUCACGAGGACCAAAACUCUUCUUGACGGCUGAAGAUCAAAAGAGGCUACAUGAAUUUGAAGGAGAAUGUGUUCAGAUUUAUUUCAAUGACAAGAAAGAUCAUGAAAGUUCAAAGAGUGAUGAAAGAAUCCGUGUAACAUCAGAAAGAGUGGAAGAUAUGCUCGGUGAUGUGAAAGAUGUCAGAGAUCAUGUUGGUUUCAUUAAACAGUUGCUUCAUCAUUUAGAUGAUCACAUUGGACACCUACAAGAUCUUUCUGGACUCACUUUGGAUUCUAUGAAAACCUUGACAGCUCAGAAAGCCUUGGAAUCAAAUAGAAGCCACAGCAUCAUGUCCAGUGAUAUAAGCCUAUCAAAGCAGACCACUGAUGAUGGACUUGGACAUUCUGUCAUGUGGAGAAAUAGUAAAAGUGAUCAAAUAUGGAGUCGUUCACAGCCUGGUUUUGAUACAGUUAUCCAACCUAAAGCUUCAAUUUCACUGCGAAAGAUCAAUAUUUCAGACACUGGCCCUGCAGAAAGUUCUUUGUUACACUCAUCUGGCUGGCAUAAUGAAACAUUUGAUCACCUGGAAUCCCAGAAAGGUGCUUUCAGUGAACAUAAGAAAGUAGGUUUCUAUCAGCCUAAAUCUUUGAAAAGACUUCACUCAAAUGUAGCAAUAAUACACAAUCCACAAAUACUGGUGGCCCCAGAGCUUUAUGAUCCUCUUCAGCCUAAAAAUGUCCACACUUUUUCAGCAUAUCCAGAAUCUUCCAGCUCUUCUUAUGUUGCUCUUCAAAGCAAAACUAACAAGAAGGAAGGCUUUGUAAAUUAUGCAUUUGUUGAUGACAGGGGUGAUGCUAUCUACAAGUAUGAUGAUGACCACAGGCAUCCAGAUUUCAAGAUAUCAGAAGAAGAAUCUGUGACGGACCUAGUCACAGAAUCAACUAAGACAGAUGGUCAGUCUGGCGUAUCGCUCACUGGAAGCAGUGAUUGUCACAGUGAGCAUAUUCAGGAAAGUACAGAUAAAUCUGCUCCAAGCAAAUUGGAACAAACAUCUAACAGCAAUGUCAAUACUGGGAUGUUUCAGAAACUGUGGACAAGAUCAAAACAUUCAGCUGACUUGGAGAGCAAAUCUAUGUCCUAUGAAGAUCUGUAUCAGGCUGACUCCAAAACAGCCUUACUGAAGGAACAGUAUUAUAGUCGAUAUUCUUCAGGUGCCAAGUCGUCUCUUCAAAAACAAGCCUUUACAAGAUUUGGCCAUGAUUUUAAGACAUCAAUGGAUAAAUCUUUUUAUUAUUCAGCCAUUGAAAGAAACAACUUAUAUCGGCUCUCCCAAAGUAUACCCUUUACACCCCUGCCUCCUGUAGGAGAGCUGGUCACAGUGUAUCGGCUAGAAGAAAGCUCACCAAACAUCCUAAACGACAGCAUGUCAUCCUGGUCUCAUAAUGGCUGUUAUGCCACAAUAGAAAUACUAAGUAAGGAAGAAAUGGGAGGCGGAUUGAGGCGAGCUGUGAAAGUGGCCUGUACCUGGUCUGAAAAGGACAUUCUUAAGGCUGGGCACCUCUAUAUCAUCAAGUCAUUCCUCCCUGAGGUGGUGAAUACAUGGUCGGAUGUAUAUAAAGAUGGCACAGUGCUACAGCUGUGCCUCAGGGAAAUCCAGCAACAACGAGCUGCCCAAAAAUUACUGUUUGCUUUCAACCAAAUGAAACCCAAAGCAAUCCCAUAUGCUCCAAAAUUUCUGGAAGUGUUCCUCCUCUAUUGUCACUCGGCUGGACAGUGGUUUACAAUUGAAGAAUGUAUGGCGGGAAGGUUUAGAAAAUAUAAUAAUAACACAGGCAAUGAAACCGUUCCAACAAACAAGCUGGAGAAGACAAUGCUAGCCUUCAGCCAUUGGUGCUAUGAGUACACCAGAGGGGAAUUUCUGGUCCUGGACUUGCAAGGUGUUGGGGAAAAUCUGACGGAUGCAUGUGUUAUUAAAGCUGGAGAACGCAGAUCAAAUGGCAUGAUAUUUGGACCGGCCAACCUGGGGGAUGAUGCCAUUAAAAACUUCUGUGCCAAACACCAGUGUAAUACAUGCUGCAGGCAUUUAAAACUUCCAGAGAUAAAAAGGAAUGACUAUGUAGCAGAGGAAGAUUUGCUCCGAGGAAGCACUCUACUCAUCAGUGAGAGUCACAGAACAGAAAGGCCGACCCAGCAACCUGUAAGGGAAGAUCAGCAAUGUUAUCCUGAAAAGACUGUUUCCUAA